GCUGUGCCUCCGCUUCGUGUUCAGCGUCAGCAGAAUGCGCUUCCCCCAAGCAUUCAGUCUGGGCGCUGUGCUGGCAAGCGGGCCGCUACGCGCAAUGGCUUGGUGGCCACUGUAUGGACUCAGCUCUCCGAGGGCACUGUAAUACACCGGACGUGCUGAACCUCCACCCUGCAGAGUUCUCCGCGCCCGCCCGGGGGCUGCUCCCUUCCUUACAUCCUUCUGGAGCCUGUUUCUGUGCUAGAUUCCCGAGCAUCCCCACGGCUCCCCUUCUCCGUGUCCUGCCGCCUUCCUGGAGCGGCCCUAUUGCAGGCCUGGGGCGAGAGCGGCUUCCCGAUAGGCGGGGGCUGCCUGCAAGCGCUGCCCGUUGGUGCGGAGGCUGAGCUGAAUGCGCUGCUUUAACCUCCAGCGUCUCGGGCCCUUGCAAACUGCUCCACAGUGACGCCUUGGCCCAUUCACCCUUCUCCCCGCUGCCGAGGACCGGGCGCGACUCGGUGUGGGGACUGCUGUGCGGCAGUCCUCCUGCCGCCCUGCCCUGCCUCCGGGGCGUGGAGCGGCGGGCGGCGAUCGCAGGGCCCGGCGAGGGCGCUGAGCGACGAGGCAGGCGGUGGUGAGGCGCGGCCCGGGCGGGGACGGAGGCCACGUUCCCUGCGGCGCAGGCAGCAGCUCGGGCCGCGAUGCUGCCGGCGCUGCCGGACGGCGAUGAGCGGGAGCUAGAGAGCAGCGAGGAGGGCUGCGGCGCGGGCGAGGAGAGGCGGCCAGAGCGGCACGGCAGCACCUACCACAGCUUCUACAGCUACCGGAGCUGCAGAUCCUCUCAGCAGGGAGCAGGCAGUGGGGAUGGCAGUCCCAGCAGCGCGGCGGCAGAGACACCUUCCAGCGAAGACUUCAGCCUCUCUUUGCUGGACACCAACUUGCCAGCUGAAGCAGAGACUGAACUGCGAAGCUUCAUUGCUAAGCGCCUUCCGAAAGGAGCCCUCUUUGAAGGAAUGGGGAAUGUAGCAACAGUGGGGCUGAGCAUACCUGAAUGUAAAGUUGGUUGUUAUUACUGUCGUUUCCAACAAGAAAAUCUUUUAGAAAUGGCAACGUUGGAGUCAGACAUCAAUGCUCCAGAGUACGUGGUUUGUUUCUUAGGUGGCUCAGAGAAAGGCCUGGAACUCUUCAGACUCGAGCUGGACAAAUACAUUCAAAGUCUGAAGAUAAGCCUUGAUUCAGAGCAGAAAACCUUGGAAACCUGUGUUAAACCCUACUUGAGGAGCUGGUUUGAGAAUGCCAUAUGCCCUAUUCAGAGGGUGGUGCAGCUCUUCCAGGAGAGACUGGCCUUCCUCUUACAUGCUGCUUUGAGUUAUACUCCUGUGGAAGUGAAAAAUGCAGAUGAAAAAACAGAGAAAGACAUUAGCAGGUUUCUGGCAGCUGCCAGCCUCCAAGGACUCGUUCAGGAAGGCACAAUGACCUCCUUGUGUAUUGCCAUGACUGAGGAACAGCACAGGUCAAUGAUUAUAGACUGCAGUGGACCUCAGCCUCAGUUGCAUAAUGCAGGAAGCAACAGAUUCUGUGAGGACUGGAUGCACGCUUUUGUGAAUGGUGCUGAAGGUGGAAAUCCAUUUCUCUUCCGGCAGAUGCUGGAAAACUUCAAACUGAAGGCUAUUCAAGAUAUUAACAACCUGAAGCGGUUCAUCCGGCAGGCUGAAAUGAACCACUAUGCCCUGUUCAAGUGCUACAUGUUUCUGAAGAACUGUGGCAGUGCAGACAUCCUCCUGAAGAUUGUCAAAGUGGAACACGCAGAAAUGCCGGAAGCCAGGAACGUAGUGGCUGUGCUUGAGGAAUUCAUGAGAGAAACAUCAGUGGGUUAACGUUCUCUUAAUUGUUCUGAACUCAUUCGAGGCUAUUGUAUAAAUCAUUCAUUUCUUCUGUGCAGCUUACUUUCACUAGUGCAGGAGUUUAGAUUCAGAUUUAAUAUGUUCCCCAAGUGGCAGUUCCAUCUGCCUUUUUUGGGUUUGUUUCCUUUUUGGAGAAGGCAGUGUGAGCUCUUUUUGAUGUGUAAAUAGCAGAUCACACAAACACCUGCAUAGCUUUCAGUGCUUACCGGAGUCUCCAAACGACUUUUCUGAGUGAAUCAUGACAUUUGGGUUUGGCAGUCACUGUGUUAAAUAACGCCCCCUGGCAAGCAUUCCAGGGUUUUAAAUACUUUAAAUAUUGUUAAAUUGAUCACCUUGGAUCAUUGAGAUUGGCUUACUUUGGUUUUAAUGUAAAAAGAAGCAGACAGAUCUGGAGAUGUGUGAAUCAUAUUAAUGGAUAUGAAUUAAUGAUACUAAUUUAUCUGAGAGAACAUAGGGAACAGGCCUGUAGGUAGUUUCAAACUAGCAGUUUGUUCUGCUGUGACUAGAUGAAGAAGUUGUUCAUUGAUACAUGCUUGUGUGUGCAUACAGCCACUGGAUGCCAUGUUUAAGUCCCAGGCUGGCUGAUUAAUUCUAUUCUUCAGUAGUUUGUGUUGUGAUCCAGACCUCCUUUGUGUGCUCUCACCACUCAUUUUGCAUUACUGCAAAUAAUCAGAUGGUUUUCAGCUGUGGAGAAUUAAAGCUGGAUGUUUUAAAAGAUCAAAUAUUAACUCUAAAUGAACAGAAAAUUCUUCAGAAAUUAAACUAAAUUAAGUUCCCAGGUUAAGUAUUAAGAUUUUAAACCAGUUCAUUGUAUUUCAGCAAUGAAUUUUUACCCCCAUCAUAGGACAUUUAGGCAGCAGGGUACUUGAAGAAAAUACUUCACUGUAGCUGGAAUCAAAACUCAGGAGGCCCCUGACUGGCCAGGUACAGAAGGACUGUUUCUGCUAUACAAGUUCCAAGCUGGUUCUGCAUCCUUAUUGCAUGGAGAAAUAAAGUAGCAAUUCACUCUCUCCCUUAUCUUUUAGACAAGCAAAAAAAUGAGUUACUGGUGUCAUUAUUUAAAGACUAAACUGCAGAGCUCCAACCCAAUUGCUCUGUUGUUAAAUACUGAGAUACAGAAUCACAGCAUGGUAGGGGUUGGGAGGGACCUUGAAAGAUUAUCAUGUCCAACCCCCCUGCCAGAGCAGGUCACACUAGAACACAUCCAGGCAGGUAUUGAAUGUCUCCAGAGAAGGAGACUCCACAACCUCUCUGGGCAGCCUGUUCCAGGGCUCUGAAACCCUCACAGUGAAAAAGUUUUCCUUCUGUUCCCGUGGCACCUCCUCUGUUCCAGCUUGCACCCACUGCCUCUUGUCCUGUCAUUGGACAUCCCUGUGCAGAGCCUGGCUGUGUCCUCCCAGCACUGCCCUUCACAUCUUUAUCAGCACCCUUCAGGCUCCUCUGCUCCAAGCUCGAGCCCCAGCUCCCUCAGCCUGUCCUCAGCAGAGAGAUGUUCCACUGCCUGCAGCAUCUUUGUGGCUCUGCGCUGCACUCUUUCAAGCCAUGUUAAUUAUAGACAAAGUUACAAAACUCUUUGGGAGCUUUUCCUUGCCUUUUUUUUUUGGUGUAUGAUGUAGAAAGAUGCAAGAAUAAACCACAGAAAACUAAAAAAAAACAACAAAAAACACCAUCAACAAAAAAAUUUAAUGGAUUCUGCGCUCAAAUAAUAUUGUUACAGCAAAAAUAUACAGAAUGUCCACAAUACAAAAAUAUUUGGAACCAUCCCAGAGCAUCUUACCUUGCACAUAGCAUUUUGUUCUCCUAGCCCUUAACAGGGAAGUACCAUUUGCUCAGUAUUUUAAGGCAGAAAAUUACAUUGUUUAGUGCUUUGUGUUUAACACUUGGAUGUGUUGUUAGCAUCGGUGGUGUAAGCAAAAGAAAAGCUGCCUAAAUCUGCCUUUAUUUGCAAACUAAACAGACACUGUGGGGGAGGCAGGAGGCAGGCAGUGCCUGACGUGUCUGUGAAGCUUACUGGAAAUGAAGCUGCUUUUGCUACUUAAACCUGACCUAGGGAAUGUUUUGUGCUCUGUGUUGGAAAGUACUCUGAAAUCUAAGUUUUCUCUACUACUGGCAUUUCAGAAAUACCUCAUGAGAAGGCCUUUCCCCAGUGAAAAGCCAAUGAUUAAUGCUGACAUUAAAACUGCAUUUACCUUUAAACGUG